UUUAAAAAUAUUCAUAUAAUUGGUGACUAAUUAUAUAUUUUAUCCAAGAGUAAAUAUAAAUAUUAAAAUAUAUUGACUUUUUAAAGUGACAUUUUGAACGGAAAAAAUUUAGGUGUAGACAAAAUUAAUGGGAUCAGUGAGUAUCAUGCACCAAUCACUGAGCGGGGCAAUAACAAACAUGGCCAUUGUUUCUACAACUCGUAGCACUGAAACUCCACUUUUAGAAGACGGUACCGUCGAUGGGUCAGUUGACCACAAAGGUUGUCCAGCCCGAAGAUCCAGCUCUGGAGGAUGGAGAUCUGCCUCUUUCAUCAUAGCUGUGGAGCUGGCGGAGAGGUUUGCUUAUUAUGGGAUUAGCUCCAACCUUAUAACCUAUUUGACGGGGCCACUCGGUCAGUCCACCGCCACCGCAGCUGAGAACGUCAACGCCUGGUCGGGCACAGCCACGUUGCUGCCACUUUUAGGUGCAUUUCUCGCCGACGCUUACCUUGGCCGCUACCGCACAAUCAUUAUUUCUUCGCUCAUCUACAUUUUGGCUCUAGGCUUAUUGACUCUAUCGACUAUGCUAACUUCCCUGAGUAAUUUGGAUUGCCAAAACACCAAUGAUAUUAUAUCAUGCUCUACUCCAAAGAUCCUAGUAUUCUCAUUCAUCUUCUCUCUGUAUCUAGUAGCAAUUGGACUGGGUGGGCACAAGCCUUGUGUUCAAGCUUUUGGAGCUGAUCAGUUUGAUGGAAGUGACCCAAAGGAGAGCAUAGCUAAAAACUCAUUCUUCAAUUGGUGGUAUUUUGCUUUAUGCACAGGUGUACUUCUGUCAAUUGUGAUCAUUGUUUACAUCCAAGACAACCUUAGCUGGGCUUUUGGAUUUGGAAUUGUCUGUAUAGUAAUGUUGGUCGCCUUGCUGGUUUUCUUGCUUGGAACAAAGACAUACAGGUAUAGUGUCAAAGUGAACGAGGGAAAUCCCUUCACAAGAAUUGGUCAGGUGUUUGUUCUUGCUGUUAAGAAUAGACAUAAUGCUCCUUCAGCUACAGUUCCAGAAGAACUUCUUCAAACACUACAUCAGCAAAGUUCAGAGCAAUUCAAGUUCCUUAACAAAGCUUUGCUUGCACAAGAUGGUUCAGGUGAAGAUUCGAAAGGUUGCAGUUUCCACGAUGUUGAAGAAGCCAAGGCUCUAUUAAGGCUAAUUCCAAUAUGGACUACAUGCCUCGUGUAUGGUAUAAUAUUUGCACAAGUCUCUACUUUCUUUACAAAGCAAGGAUCUACAAUGGACAGAAAACUUGCUGUAGGCCUGACUAUUCCAGCUGCUUCGCUUCAAUUCUUUAUCAGUGUGUCUAUCCUUGUCUUCAUACCCCUUUAUGACCGCGUUUUUGUUCCUAUUGCAAGAACUUUAACCCAGAAACCAGCAGGCAUCUCAAUGCUUCAAAGAAUUGGUACCGGGUUGUUUUUGUCUGCCGUUUCAAUGGUAAUUGCAGCUUUAGUUGAGAUGAAAAGGCUUAAAACUGCACAAAAAUACGGGCUAGUUGACAACCCAAGUGCCACAAUCCCAAUGAGUGUGUGGUGGUUGGUUCCUCAAUAUGUAGUUUUUGGUCUGGCUGAUGUGUUCACCAUUGUUGGUCUCCAGGAGUUUUUCUAUGAUGAGGUCCCGAACGAAUUGAGGAGUGUUGGCCUCUCCCUUUAUCUCAGUGUCCUUGGUGUAGGGAGCUUUUUAAGCAGCUUUCUGGUUACUGUCAUUGAUAAAGCAAGUGGUGGAGAUGGUCGAGACAGCUGGUUCAAUAGUAAUCUUAAUCGAGCUCAUGUCGAUUACUUUUACUGGUUACUUGCUGCGCUAAGCACGGUAGGAUUGGCUGCGUUCUUGUAUUUUUCCAAGUCUUUUGUUUAUAGCAUUGGAAGAUCAAGUUACAAUUGAUUUUCUGCAUUAGUAUGGAUGAUGAGCUAUUGGUGAUUGGAUCAUUCCUUUAGUAUCAUGCCAGUAAUUUCUACUGUAGUAAUUGUUGAGACUCAAUACACAAUUUAUGGGUUUAAUUUACGAAGUAUUAUUGACUUUAACAUGAAAAUUUUAUGAAAAUUUUAUAACUUUGCUCAGGAAAAUAACUUCACAUUUAUGCAUUCAAAGUAAUGUUCGAUAAACUGGAAAAUAAGUGUUUAAAAAUUUUACUAAAUAUUUAGUACUGAAUUUGAUAAUUGCUUUCUUCUUC